AUGGCGGGUGAAAACAGAGGAAAUUUCGAGUCUCACCUGAAAAGUGCGUCUGAGGCCAAACAUGAGAUUCUGUUUGAAGACACCGUGAAGCCCCUUCCAAUGUGUCAGGUAACCCCGGACAAGUAUCACGAGGACAACGGGGGCAUGGACAGCGCCCAGCAACAGGCUCACCAGACAGAGCUGUGGCUGUUCAACAAGAACAAGAAGGACGGCGAGGCGGCUAGCUCCGACGACGACUUUGAACCGCCGUCUGAGUGCUGUUCGGUUGCCCAGUAUCAGCGCGAUGUUGCGGCUAGAAUGAAGCAAAAGCAGAAACCCGUCGACGGUAGCCCUGCCGGCAAGAGAACAUCAAACAGGCUGUUGAAUAAGGAACCAAUGAGAUGUGACGGAACAAAUUAA